AAACUUUCUACUUCAUUCAGCACACGCAUUCGGUAGAAGUGACGAUCUUUUCCUUGAACGGUGAAGAGCCACUGAACGAACCUCCGUCCGUGACAAAGGGUGGAGGUCGUCAGGGGGAAUGGGUGUUCCAUCUAUGUGCCGCUUACUUCGUCUCACUUACUUCGUCUGCUUUGAUACAUGUUGAUACAUCAGGUCCAACCUGAGAAAACAGGAAACAAUUCGGACACCAGACAUCGGGUGUUCUGCCAGCUGACGCUUACGGCAGAGAAAAGGAAUGAAAAGGAAUCACAACAUGUCCUCAUGAGGUCCUGAUGAGGUCAUUUGCUUGGCUGGUCUUUCUCAAGCUCGUAAGAAGAGUUUACCCCGGUGUACCGCGGCCAUAACAAAUCAAGCGACGGACCUCAGAAACUCCGGCAAGUCGCCAUGAAACGAGUUUCUAAGACAUCGAUGCUUGAGACCUUGGAUGCUGUGAGGCAGCAACUGGUCACGUCCUACGAUGGCAUCGCCGAACUGUGUCACCAGCAUAAGGAAUGGCAGCGGUCUGUGGAAAACAUGAUCCGCCGCUUCGAGAAUGACGUUUCGCAGCCUGCGCUAAAGACUUUAGCAGAGGAAGAGCAACCUGCGCUAGAGGACGGCAGUGCAGGCAUUGCUGGUGACAGUGCAGAGAAUCCAGAUCAACCCCCUCCAAAUGCAGUCGGGGAAGAACGUGAUGCACCGAUAGAGAGCCGCGCUCGCGACUCCCGUCUAACACAGGACACUCAGAUCACCUUGGGAACCCUACAGUCGUCAAACCAGAUGAGUCCUGACCGCUCUCACAGAUACAAACGGGCCCAUUUGCACAGAGCUGGGCGGAUGUCUGCCAUACAUCCACUCUUGCAGUCGCGGAAGACAGUGCAGCAAUGUCCAGCUGGACCUUUGCGAAAGCUGCUUUCCGAUAUGCUAGCGAAGUCCGAGGACACACCAUCAGAACCAUUAUCUCAAAUCGAUCGAGCGAGACGAUGGGCAGCAUCUUUGGUGUCCUCGCCCCGAUUCGACUACAUUGCAGGAUUUGUUAUCCUUCUGAAUUUGGUGACCAUUGGCUUCGAAGCCGAACUGUCCCUGGAAGGCUCUGAGUAUGAGUCAGGUUUUUGGUUUGCUGGAGUUGAGCGAAUGUUUCUGAGUAUUUACAUCGCAGAAGCUGCAUUUCGCUUGUUUGCUCUUGGCCUACCUUUGCUGUACGACCGAUGGUUUAUUUUGGAUCUUGUUUUGAUUUGCACCGGCGCUGUGGCGCUAUUGAUUAUACCUUUGGCCUCCGAAGAACUGGCGGGCUUUGAGAAGGUGCUUGUGGCCCGCGGCUUGCGUCUCUUACGAUUGCUACGCGUCCUUCGGAUGGUCCACCAGUUCAAGAUCAUUUGGCGUUUGGUCUACGGCUUUCUCACAGCGUGGGAGACUAUUUUUGCAUCAGCUUUGCUGAUCAUCAUCUCCCUCUUCAUUUUCGCGUGUAUCGCAGUUGAGGCCAUGGAUCAACAUUGUGAAUAUUGAAGGUAUAGCAAUUGGGGUAGACCACUAAUUACUAGCUUGUCAAGGAAGGCUGAUGUGCCUUUUUCACUCUCGAG